UAUGUUGGACACGCUUCCCUUCCUACUUAAUUCUGCAUCAAAUCGAGAGAGAGAGAGAGAGUGUGUGUGUGUGUGUUACGAUUUAGUUCCACUUUGGAUCUUCUUUGCAUGCACUCGAGAGUUGCUGAAGAUAUGGGUAGUACAAGCGAGGCUUCUUUGGUGGUGGCAGAGAGCAUGCAUGAACGCGGUGGAAGCGCUCGAGGAUGAACUACGUCCUCAGGUGUCUGCAGCAGCGUGGGAAGAACCACCGCCGAGGGGUCAUCGUCUCAGGCCAAGCAGUCAGAGGAGACACUACGAACAGUCAUGUAGUAAAUUUAGCUGCUGGGGUCCCAAUUAGAGCAUCUUUUUCUCAUCAUCUGAUGCCUCCUUUGCAAAAUCAUUCUCAUUUCUUCUGAAUUCUUGGAGGAUGUUGAUGCUGCCUUUUCAUGGCAUUCAUGGAUGAGCAUCUCCGAGAUGUUUUCUCUCCUUAACUCCACCAAAAUGUGUGCCAUUUCUCAUCUCGUCUCUAUAUGGUUGAUGGAACCGAUAACUAAGAUCAGCAAAGCCAACAUUUAUCGGGUCCUCCGCUCUAUAGGAUGAUGGCCGCUCUGUGGUUUAAGCCACCGUGUUUCUCGGACAUUUGCUCGAACAGAUUUGCAACGUCAACAGCUACCCUUUGAGCGAGUCCUUGUGGUCUCCCCACCUUUUGCUCCCUCCCCUGCGACGCGGGCCUCCCUUAUAUAAAACACAGCUUCUGCCCCUCUUCACAAGGAGAAACAGGUGGUAGCUAAAAGACAUGGCGACCAUCGGAUCCUUUCUCCUCCCUCUCUGUCUCGUCCUCGCCAUCGCAUCCUUCACCGGAAGCACCACCGCGUCGGUAAUCCAGGAGGCAUGCGGCCGCACGUCGUUCCCCGAUCUGUGCGUCGAGUCCCUGUCCCAGAAGCCGGAGAGCCAAAGCACCGAUGAGCAUGGCCUGGCCGAGCUCGCCAUCAGGGUGGCGGCGGAGUCGGCCACGGCCGCAUCCACUUACGUCUCCAAGGGUCUGGAGGGGGCCGUCAACGAUUCGUCAUGGCACCAGUGCCUCGACGACUGCUCCGAGUCCUACGUGGACGCGGUGGAGCAGCUGGACGACUCCACGGGAGCGAUGGAAGAUAAAGGAUACGCCAACGUCAACAAGUGGGUGAGCGCGGCUAUCGCCGACGCACAGACGUGCUCGGAAGCGUGUGGGGACGUGGCUUUGCCGGAUAAGGCUACCCUCACCGAGAUGAAUACGGAGUUUACGAAUCUGUGCAAUGUUGUAUUGGGGCUUAUCGAACCUCUGUCCAAGUGAUCAUCACACGAUCACUCUAAUACUCGUCUUAUCCUCAUAAAAUAAUUCCAUUUUAUUGAUU